AUGGGAAGUGUAUUUGGAAAACAGACAGUAGCAGAGCCCUUUUUUGAGGUUCUCCUGGACCGCAACCAGGCUCAAACGCAAUAUGAGCUCCGACAUUAUCCGGAACGACGAUAUGCAGCUACCUGUGUUUAUGACGGUGAUGCUGAUGACACCAGUCCACCGUUCCGAGCCUUAGCCAAUUAUAUCGGCGUCUUCGGAAAGCCUCAAAACGAAAGUCGUGAAUCUAUCAGUGCGACAACCCCUAUAGUUUAUCAAGGUAGCACCACAAAGGGCGAGUCAAUUGCAAUGACGGCUCCGGUUGUCACCGAGGAAGUGGAGGAUGGCAAGAGAGUGAUGAAAUUCAUGCUACCCGCAGAGUACGACGAACUCUCUAAGGUUCCCAAACCUAUCAAUCCAGCAGUGAAGAUCGAGGAGAUUCCUCCACAGGUCGGCGUUGUGCAUAAAUACAAAGGAUCUCUGAAAGCUGAACACAACAAGGAAAUGGCAAUUGAUCUUGCGGACCAGCUCAUGGCCGAUGGUGUGGAAGGUAUUUCAGAAGAAUUUGUUCUAGACAAUUUCCAAUUCUGGGGAUACAAUCCUCCAAUGACGAUUCCAUACUUGAGAAGAAAUGAAGUUUGGCUUCAGUUGACAGAAGAGCAAGUCGAGUAUUUGACGCAAAAGUACAACAAUCGCUCUUUGAACUAG